AUGGCCGACCCAGUCCCCGAUCGAGGACCAACGGUCCUAAGAGUCAUCUGGACAUUGACACCCCUUGCUCUCAUCACUGCAAUCCUCCGGAUCGUGGCAAGACUACGGAAUCGCAAGUUCGGAUGGGACGACAUAUUCAUGAUCAUAGCCAUGCUGUGCUUCCUCGGCUGGAGCAUCACCCUAACCCUCUACGCCCAGCGUGGUGGACUCAUGCACAUAGAGGACGUCAAAAAGACCGGUCCCGACAAUGUCGCCAUAGUCUUACUCUUGAACUGGCUGAGCCAGCCGUUCGGCAUCGUCGGAGUCGCCGCCGGCAAGAUCUCCGUUGCGGCCCUCCUCCUGGGAAUCAUUCGACUCAGCGACCUGCGAUGGCACCGUCUGUUCCUCUGGACCGUGCCCAUUACCCUUGCAGCGCUCAUCGCCGUUGCUUGUUCAACCUUGACGUUUGCGCAAUGCUCGCCGGCUGAGGCGCUCUGGGACAGGAGAGUCACGGGAAAGUGCAUCAAUCCCAAAGUCAUGGGAGGUUUUGGAACCUUCACAGGUUCAUUCAACACAUUCGCUGACGCAUCCCUCGCCAUCAUCCCUGCCACCAUCUUUUGGCAGCUAAACAACAGUACCACCGAAAAGGUCCAGCUCACUAUUGUUUUCGGCCUAAAUAUUCUCACAUCAAUCUGCUCCGGCAUCAAGACCCAGUAUCUCGUGGAGCUGGCCAACCGCGAGGACCAGACGUGGGCGACGUACGACAUCUUCGUCUGGGUCACCGGCGAGCUCUUCCUCAUGAUCGUCUGCGGUUCCAUACCGACACUACACGUCGUUCUCACUUGGUUCCGCUCGGCCGCGGACAGCGUUCGGAGCAGAGUCUCGCCAUAUGCAUCUCGCAAGUCGCCCGGGUCGUCCCGCGCCAGGUCAUCUAAGAACAGAGGAGGCGAGGGAGCCGUCGCGGAUGGCGUUGGUGGGCACGAUGCCGAGCUGAGCGACUUGACGCACAUGAAGGUCAAGACGAAGACUACAAUCGAACGCACAACACACUUGUCGGCCAGCGAAAGCAUGGAUAAUCUCGUUGAGGAGAAGAGCAUACCGGAUAACGGCGUGCGCGUGGACAGGAUGUACAAUGUCAGCCGAGACGCACGGCCAGGCGCAGCCUACACUUGA